AUGGCAGCGACGGCCUCGGCGUCGGCUGCGUUCCCCCCCGUGGCCACGGGCGGCGAUCUCGAGGACAGCAACAUCUCCAGCCCUCUCAGCGAGGUCGACGAUAAGGAUGCCAACGACGAAGAAAUUGAGCACAUGCAUCUCGACAGAGACAAUCUGAGCCUCGGGCCUGACGGCGCCCGGGCCACCGACAACGGCGGAUCAGACUCUGACAGCGCCCUUUCCGACGCAGCGUCAGACGUCAACUCUGAGGCCAACGACACCGAAGCCGAAACCCUGAGACUCUACGACACUCCACAGAUACAGAGACAUCGUGACGUUGGAAUUGGGCGGUUCAAUGACGGAGACGCUUUGGAGCAUACUCCGAGCAAGCUCCGCAUGGCGCUAGCCAGCGGCGACGAUGACUCUGCCUCGGGCGAUGACAGCCACAUUGACGAAGGCGACGAUGAAGACGAAGACGAAGACGACAUUGAUGACAACGAAUCGCCGGCAAAGGCCAUGGCGGCAGCUUUGAAGGCAGAUGAAGCUGCCCGGAGCGAUUCACAAGAGCGGAAGCGGAAGCGAUCUGCCGCCGCCGAACACCAAUUAGACCCAGAGCAGCCGGCGAGGAAACGCACCGGAUCAAUCUCUGCUGCCAACGGGGAUGGCAACGAUCCUCCUGCAGCUGCCGAAGAUGACGCGACACCGGCUGCGAACCUUCCAAGCGGACGCGGGUCCCCCGGCGACGACGACGAGGCGUCUGCCACGAACCAAGACACGCCAGCAGAAGACGAGCUUCCAGAGGUGGCAAGGAAGACCAAACGCACCGGCUCCAAACGGAAGACGGUUGUCUCAGAUGCCGACAGCGAAUCUCGAGCUGAAGCUCGUGACGAGCAGCAAGACCCCACGAUAGAGGAAGAGGCCGAGGCCGAGGCCGAUCACCCCGAAGAAGACGAGGCAGAACCCGAAGUUGAUGAAGAGACUGACGCUGCGGCGAGAAAUUUUGAAGAACUGGAAAAGAAGCAAGCUGCCUAUCGAGACUGGACCCAGAUAGAGGAAAUGUUUGGCAUCUUUAGAGAUCGUCUUUACAAGGAUAGGUUACAGAGACUCGAGGAAGAAGAGCAGUCGCUGCAUGCCCCAGAGCCAACGCAUCCUGAAUACCUCAACAUGAAGCAGUGCCUUGAUGAUCGACUCGAACAGAAGCUGCAAGCUAUCAAUACCGAGCACGAAUAUCGACUCAAGGCCCUUGAGCGGCGUGCAGUAGCACAGAGGGCUCAGAUAUGGGGCCAAUACUUUCAGGCUAUUCGAGAGAAGCGAGAGCAUGCUCUGGAGGCUCUCAACAGGCAAUGGUACGAUGUGCAGAGUGCUCGGCGGAGUGCGCACAGCUUGCCAGACUAUGGCCUGUUGUUCCCAAAGGAUCCCUCGCAGCGCGUCAGGAAUGCCAUUGCCUACAACACCGAGGUAUCGACUCUCGCUGGCCUCGCCAAGUACGAAGGCUUCCCAGCCGGACCAGAGUUGCAAGGGGCAUCUACAUCAGAGCUGGAAGCUGACUUGGCCGCCAUGGAAGUGAGU